GCCGUCGUGCGUGCGCUCUGUCGUAGAGAGCGAUGACGUAAUAAAAAAAAAAGCGUCCGGCCGUUACCUGGAGGAAGAGGGCGAGCGUCCUGCACGAGGACAGGACAGGAGGACAGGUAGACACGAGGACACGAAAACAGGUGAAGACGAGCUGCUGAUCGAUGAGGACAUGAGAAGGUGAAUCACCAUGACUACAGAGCCAGGUGAGCCACAGGAGGCCCAGCCCAAAGAAGCGGAGUCUUUCCCUGAAGCUACCAACCACUCCACACCUAAACAGGGAGGAGAGGGUGCACUGUCCCAGAGCCAAGCCCAAAGCUCAUUGGCUGAAGACUCUGCGAGUCACCUGUCAUCAAGCAGCUGGAUUGCUCGCUCGCCUGCUAGGAACCCGCUGAGCUUUAGGACCAUGCAGACCAAAGUCACCCUGCUGGAUGGAUCCCUGUUCACCUGCACUGUGGAGAAACGAGCUCGUGGUGUUCAGCUGUUCGAAAAGGUUUGUGAACACGUCAACCUGCUGGAAAAAGACUACUUCGCGCUGUCCUUUAGAGAUGCAGACAACAACAAGAACUGGUUGGACCCGUCAAAGGAGAUGAAGAAGCAGGUUAGAGGUGUUCCCUGGAAUUUCUCCUUUAAUGUCAAGUUUUACCCUCCUGACCCUGCCCAGCUCUCUGAGGACAUCACCAGGUACUUCCUGUGUCUCCAGCUCAGACAGGAUAUAGUUUCUGGUCGCCUCCCAUGUUCGUUUGCGACUCACACUGUACUCGGCUCCUACACCGUCCAAUCAGAGCUUGGAGACUACGAUCCUGAUGAGUGUGGUUCAGAUGAUGUCAGUCAACUCAGUUUUGCCCCAAAUCAAACAAAAGAAAUGGAGGAGAAGAUCAUGGAGCUGCACAGAACAUACAGAGGAAUGACACCGGCUGAAGCAGAGAUACACUUCCUGGAAAAUGUAAAGAAACUUUCAAUGUACGGAGUUGAUCUUCAUCACGCAAAGAUGGUAGGAAGCCGCUUUGAUUGCUUGCCUUCAGCUAAGUCCGAGGACUCGGAGGGCGUGGCCAUCAUGCUGGGCGUGUGCAGUAGCGGCCUGCUGGUCUACAGAGACAGACUGAGGAUCAACAGAUUCUCAUGGCCGAAGAUCCUGAAGAUCUCAUACAAAAGAAACAACUUCUACAUCAAGAUCCGACCCGGAGAGUUUGACCAGUUUGAGUCGACGAUUGGCUUCAAGCUGUUGAACCACAGAGCAGCUAAAAGACUUUGGAAAGUCUGUGUGGAACAUCACUCCUUCUUCAGGCUGAUGUCUCCAGAAGAAACCCCUAAGAAGGUCCUGUCUCUGGGUUCUAAGUUUCGUUACAGCGGUCGGACACAAAUUCAGAGUCGCAGAGCCAGCGCUCAGAUCUCCAGACCUGCACCACAUUUCCCACGAUGCGUCAGCAAGCGGAACAUGCUGAGCCGCAGCCUGGAUGGAGCUUCAAGGACCACGUCACCUCUGAUUGGCUCUCCGGCCAUCACAGCGUCCCCCAAAGCCAAUGGUAGUCCGCAUACAGAUAUGGGUACGGGGCUGUACGGAGCAUCGAAAGCCAUCGCUGUCAGUGACCUCAUCACCAUGGUAACGCCUGAGAGGAGGGCGGAGGAGACAAGGACAGAGCAAGUUGAAGAGGUGUUGGUGAUGGAGGAGAAGGAGGAGGUGCAGCAGGAGGAAGAAGAGACCAGAGAGACAGAACUGUCUCAGCAGAGUCCUCCGACUCCUCAGAAACUUGACACCAAGACUGAGCUGACUGACACAGCUGUGGACGGAGACCUGACAGCGACUGAGUCUGAUCAGGAUGAAGACUUGCAGACUCAGGAGACUCUAGGGAGUCCAGAAGAGGAGCAGAGACCUCCGACCUCCAUCAGCGCUCUGAGACGCUCCUUCCUAGAGGGAGGAGGAGCAGGUGGAGGAGGAGGGAUGACAGAGUGGGAGAAGCGUCUCGCCUCCUCACCUCUACGACGAGUCGACGACUCUCCGAUGAUUGAACCGCUGGAGCCAGACGAGAUGGGCGAGGUCAUAACAAACCAAGCUCCCCCUCAGCCAAUCAAAGAGAAGAGCUACACUGUUGGGCAAAGCUAUGACACCGCCUCCGGUAGGGUCGUCACCAUGACAACCAGGGACGACAGCUCCAAUAUUACUGUGACAACAGGGAGUAUGGAGGCAGGCCGGCAGGUCAGAGUCAUCCCGCUGUCCACCGCUGAUGAUGUCAUUCCAAGGGGAAAGUUAAUCACCAUUUGUGAGGUGAAGACACCAACCUCACCAACGGAGCUGCCGACCAACGCCUGUGACAUCAUCAGUGAUGUAAUUUGUGGGGAUGACACCAAAGGAGGCGGAGCCUCAGUGAUCUCACCUGUGACUCCAGUCCUCCCUCUGAAAUCGCCUUUGGUCAUGUUAAGUCCCAGUGCCUCGCCAGAUCGCCUGAUGGGCAGGACGUCACCCUCUCUGGCCAGAGUGCCUAAACCUUCCUUUGAUGAAAUGUCUCCUGAACUGUCGGCUCUGCUGAAAUCGGCCAGAGAACAAAAAACCUUCAGAGAACACAACCUGCUGAAGACAUCAGAGAAGGUGGAGACGGUCUUCAUGAUGACAGAGCCAUGUGAUCAGGACCAACCAGUGGCAGACCAGCCUCAGGAGGUCCCAGUGAUGAGGAAGACUCUCACAUAUGAAGCUCCAGGGAGCCGAGUAGACUCUGAUCCUCCUGCAGGUUUCCUGUUGAGCUCCCAGACCUUCACUGCAGAGACCUCCACCACCACCACCACCACACACAUCACCAAGACAGUGAAAGGGGGAAUCUCAGAAACCAGAAUCGAAAAGAGAAUCGUGAUUUCUGGAGACACAGAGAUCGACCAUGACCAGGCUCUGGCAGCGGUACUCAGCGAGGCACGGCGGCAGCAUCCUGAGCUGUCCGUCACACGAGUUGUCGUCCAUAAAGAAACAGAGGUCUCUCCUGAUCAUGUGAUUGAUUAGUGACAUCACAGGACUGACUACAGAAGCUUCUGCUGCAUCAUGGGAGUUGUAGUUCAGACUACAGAGCCAACUAAGAAACUGUUUGCAGCGACACCCAGAGGACAUUAAUAGAACUGAGGCUUUACACACACACACACACACACACACACACACACACACACAUGCAUGUGCACCUGUACACACAGCGGCACCUGUCUGACUGGGGACGGGGCUAGUAGCUUAGGUAUCUUCAGAAAAAUGAACAUUAGUUAUAUAGAUAAUUAGAUUUAGUUCAAAUAUUUACAAAACACAAACAGGUUAAACAGACAGGUAAGGGACAGACAGGUAGCACUGCUGUGGCGCCAUGAACACAUUCUCAUAGCAACCUGACAGCUGGAGCCAGUCAACAUCAGAUCAACUGUCACCACAAAUUAACACGAAGACUUGACCUUCUGCUGAAGCCCCACCCCCCCACACACCUGACACCCCAACAGGUUAAUGCAGGUCUCAUUGGUUGGUUGACUCAGGUGUAUUUGCUCCUCAGAGACAGCAGCUUUAUGAAACAUCCAGCAAACAGUUUGCAUCACAUCGGACCUCACCAGGUGAGAUCACCUGACUCUUGCCUGGUCAAAACUGGGUCUUUUAUUCUGACAGUCUGCUGCAAACCGUUUCCUGUCUGACAUGUAAUACAGCAUGAUUACUAGCACUGUAACCACUUACUAUAUAGCAGCUAAAAUUCAGCUCUGUAUUUACCCAUAAUGCAAUAGUAAUGUGCCAUUCUCUCAUUUCAACAUGGAAACCAUGUUUAUGAAUUAUUUUACUCAUCUGUCUUAGUUUUUUAUGUCUAUUUAUUUAUUGAUUGAUUGAUUUCUGUGUGACCACUCCCCUCAGUGUCAUGUUACAGACUGACCACUCCCCCUGUGUCAUGUUACAGACUGACCACUCCCCUCAGUGUCAUGUUACAGACUGACCACUCCCCCUGUGUCAUGUUACAGACUGACCACUCCCAGUGUGUCAUUUUACACACUCAUGUUACAGACUGACCACUCCCUCUGGUGUCAUGUUACAGACUGACCACUCCCCGUGUCAUGUUACACACUCAUGUAACAGACUGACCACUCUCCCCAGUGUCAUGUUUCAUUGUCUUUACCUUCGAAACUGAAAUAAAAUGAUGAAUGAAUCAAUUAAA